UAUGUCUCACUGUGAAACCAUCUCAUACAAAAAAUUAUAUAUAUGAAAUUGAUUAAAAUAAGUUGGAUAUGACGUAAAUUGAAUGAGAGACAUUUCAUGAUACUCUUAUUAGGGUUUAGCCAUUUAUUUAGGGUUUAUCACACCUAAAUCCUCCAUCCAUCCUUUGAUCCCCAUUCCUGAAUUCUCCCCAUCAACCACCCAUGUCUUACCGCUUCCUCAUUCGUUCUCUCCGCCGCACAAUCCCUUCACUUUCCACCCCCACCACCCCUCUUCAUCCUAACCUAAACCCUAGCCCAUCAUUUUCUAUCCUCAAUCGCCGCACAUACGCCUUCUCCUCCGCCGAGGAAGCGGCCGCAGAACGCCGCCGACGAAAACGCCGUCUCCGCAUCGAGCCUCCUCUACACGCCCUUCGUCGCGAUAAUUCUCCUCGUCCUCCUCCUAACCCUAACGCUCCCCGUCUCCCCGACACCACUUCCGCACUCACUGGCCCGCGCCUCAAUCUCCAUAACCGGGUCCAAUCCCUAAUCCGGGCCAACGACCUAGAUAGUGCUUCAAUCCUCGCCCGUCAAUCCGUUUUCUCCAAAACCCGACCCACUGUCUUCACUUGUAAUGCCAUUAUCGCUUCCAUGUACCGCGCAAAAAGGUACGAUGAAGCUGUAUCUCUUUUUCAAUUUUUCUUCAAUCAGUCUAAUAUUGUGCCGAACAUUGUUUCUUACAAUUUUUUGAUUGUUACUCAUUGUGAGUGUGGAAGGGUUGAUGUGGGUCUUGAGGUUUAUAAACAUAUUUUAGCUCAGGCUCCUUUUGGUCCUUCUGCUGUUACUUUUAGGCAUUUAACUAAAGGGUUAAUUGAUCUUGGGAGGAUUGGGGAAGCCGUUGAUCUUCUUAGGGAAAUGCUUAACAAAGGUUUAGGGGCCGAUUCUCUUGUUUAUAAUAAUUUGAUUAAAGGGUUUUUGGAUUUGGAUGAUUUUAAUAAAGCUAAUGAGUUUUUUUAUGAGCUUAAGGAGAGAUGUCUUGUGUAUGAUGGCGUUAUUAAUGCUACGUUUAUGGAAUGGUUCUUCAACAAAGGAAGAGGGAAGGAAGCUAUGGAAUCGUAUCGGGAGUUGCUUGAUCGUCAGUUUAAGAUGAUACCUGCUACUUGUAAUGUGCUUCUUGAGGUGUUGAUUAGGUAUGGAAAGAAGAAAGAGGCUUGGGAGUUGUUUGAUUCAAUGCUCGAUAAUCAUACUCCCCCGAAUUUUCAGGCUGUGAAUUCAGAUACUUUUAACAUAAUGGUGAAUGAGUGUUUUGCAGAGGGGAAAUAUGAAGAAGCUGUUAGUACAUUCAGAAAGGUAGGUACAAAGAUGGGAUCUAGGCAGUUUUCUAUGGAUGUCGCUGGUUAUAAUAACAUUAUUAUAAGGUUUGCUGAGCAUGGAAUGAUUGAGAAGGCAGAGGAGUUUUUCACUGAGCUAAAGUCGAAAUCGUUGAGCCCUGAUGUCACUGGAUAUAGAACACUGAUUGAUGCUUAUCUUAAGGACCAAAGGAUUGAUGAUGCUUUGCAAAUGUUUAAUUUGAUGGUUAAUGCCAAUUUGAGAGUGAUUCCUGCAUAUGCCAAUAGAUGGUUUACUGAAUUGAUUCAGAAUAACAAAGCCAUUGAAUGCUCACAAAUCUUGACAAAAAUGGGGGAAAAGGAGCCAAAACCCGACCCAUAUACCUAUGAAAUUGUCAUUAAAGGUCUGUGUAGUAGUGGUGCAUUGGAUUUGAGUCUGAAUAUGGUUGGUGAGGUGAUGAGGUAUGGUGUUGGUGUCACUCCUUCACUUAGGGAGUUUCUAUUAGGAAGGUUCGAAAGCGAGGGGCGUCGAGAGGAGAUUGACAGACUUUUGGAUGAGAGGAUGCAGGGUCAUUGGCAGCAACCUCGUUACCACCCUUCAGGACCACCUCCUUACCAUCCUUCAGAACCGCCUCGUUACCAUCCUUCAGGACCACCUCCUCACUACCCUUCAGGACCGUCUCCUCCCCACCUUUCAGGACCGCCUCCUUCCAACCCUUUAGGACAGCCUCAACCAUUAGGUCCUGGUCAACUUCCGCGACCAGCUGGGCCUUCUGGGUUGAGUCCUCCUAUUGAAUUCAGGAAUUCGGAAUCCUGAAAUAGCUGCUCAACAUUGCAUCGAAUUAGCUCUGAUGGGUUUUUGCGGAGAAGCACAGCAGAAAGCUUGAUUGGCACCUGACCAGGUUCAGCAGAAAGCUCUCUGAUAUGGUAGACUCGAUUGAAAGCUCUUAAAUUGUUAAAAUUGUGAUUUUUUUUGUGCUAGUUGUGGUAGCUUUCAGCCCUGCAAAGUAAAGAUUUCACUUUGUUACCUCUGUAGCUUCUGAUUACUAAUAUUGAGCGAUAAAGUUGUAUUUUUGAAAUUCACUAAUAUGCGUUUCAUUUAUAAAAUUACUUUUAAAUUUAGAGAAAGAACUUAGCUGGUAUACAUUCUUUGUCCUCUAUAUUAUUUCUGUUUCCUACCUUGUUUAAUUGUUUUGUCCCAAUUGUUAUCAUUGUCACUCACCGCGAAACUUGAGACAAAAGUUGAAGGGGCGAAAGGUUAUAAUAAAAACUAGGGGGCAAGAUUUACACUUAUGUUUGGAUUGAAGGAAAUUGAGUGAAAGGAAGGGGUAGGAUUUAGAAGGAUGAGGAGUCCCUUGUUUGGAUAACAAAAUAAGAGGGAAGGAAAUUGGAGGGAUUGGAUGGAUGAUUUUUAUUAAAGGUAUCAAUCUUUCUAAAGUUGGAAAGAUUUGGAGGGAAAAGCCUCAUCCUUCCUUCGCUUCCCUUCCCUCCUAAACAAACAAGAAAUACUUCCCUUCCAUUUCUCUUUCCUUCCUUCCCCUCCCCUCUCCUUCCUUUCCUUUCUUUUCUCUCCAAAGUUGUUAUCCAAACAUUGUGUUACAUGUGACCUCUUUAUUAUUAUAACACUAGCUUUACCGAUAAAUAGUGUUGAGGAACUCCCCCUCCUGCCCUAGCUAAGUUUCGCCCGUGAUCAUUGUUGCAUAAUUAGCCUUAUAUGUAUUUGUAUUCUGCUUGAAAUUAUCUGAAAUCUAUAUACUGGAAGUAAGGGUUUUGCAGUAUUCAUAGAAAUAGUGUCUUGUGAGUCUAUUUUUGAAGUAUGUUUUGGGAGACGUUGGGUAAUAUUACAAUGUUUCCUGCUGCUGUGUUAUGUUAUUUGGAAGUUCUACACAGCAGUUCAGUUCGCAUGCUUUUCUCUCGCGUAACUUCAAGUGGUACUUGACAAUUGCCACUGCUUCCAGCUUGUAUAGCUCUCACUGUUCCCUCAAGCCAUCAAAUUGGAGUAGAGGCUCAUCGUAGUUGUGUUGAAGCCGUGAAGGUCAGCAAACAGGCGGCAGUGUCAUCUCAGGAUGGUAUUCGUCUGCUUGCUGAUUCAUAGUACUCUCCGACUGAUGGCUCAGCACUGGGUAUGUCUGCUUUGCUGAUUGAGCCUCCUGUAAAUGACUCAACUAAUGUACAUCAGAGAAUCUUUCUUUAUAAGUUUUAUCUAUGAAAAUUACAUAUUUUUAUGUAAGGCGGAUUAAUGUUUACAUACUGGGUUGUGAUUACUGAUCACUGUGGGAAAUGUCUGCUUAUUGAAUCUUGCUGGCUCAUUCUACUCCUUGAUUCCCAAAAUUGGGUUGUUGAAAGUUGAUUCGGAGCUUCAUUUGUGUGUAUAGAAUGAUAAUAAUCAGAAGGCCUCGAACAAAACAACGGUUGUUGAGUAACUCCAUGCCCUGACUCGACGUUUGGUAUCGAGUCAUUAAAAUUUGGUUGUUUGCUGGAGCCAUGAAGAGGCAUUGGAUCUGUUGGGUUUACACGCCAUAUUUAUGGUAGAAAAUUAAGCUUACAGCGCUCAUCAACAAGUUAUUUUUGUUUCAUUUUUCUUAGAACCACAAUGUAAAUUUGGUAUUUAAUGCUUAAUGAUAUUUGUAUUUGGUUAUAAUGCUUCAAAAAGAUUUAAUUUUAUUAUAGAAAAUUUGAUUACCGCCCUGUAAAUAUGUAUAUGCUUGCUUCCUGCUCAGGGUGCAGGAUUUCGCUUUGCAAAUUAAAAUAUACUUCCUCCAUUUUAAACUACACCUUAUCUUGCAUUUAUGAAACCACUUUUACACUCGAUAUGGAUGAUUUACCAACUACUUACUUUGCAUUUGUUGCUAAAAGGAUAAAAAAAAAAAAAAAAAAAAAAAAAAAAAAAAAAAAAAAAAAAAAUUGAA